CGGAGAAGAGUAGGCUUUAUUUAGAUGAAGCUACAGCUAAUCCGUCUUAUUACCUCAGAGUGGAGAGUCCAAUGUCUCGAAAAGCACUGAAAGUGGUUGUUGAAUUAAAGUUCAGAGCGGUGUCCUGUCCCGGUGUUCACCUACCAGCCAAAGAUGACAUCUACCUCAGCAUGUGCUUCAUGGGCCAGUACCGUCAGUCUGAAUGUCUCCCUGCCGUCUUCCCCCUGCUGUUUCACGAGAAGAUGACUUUUGAAAAGAUUUUCAGACAUGCAGUUGACCCUGGAGACAUCGCUGUAAUGCUCGAGUAUGAGACAGUCAGAGUUGAACUGGUGCAGCUGGUCCCUCCUGUGGGGGACACUCUGGCCUCCUUUGAGGAAGAUGCUCGACGGUUCUUAUUCCCAGAACCAAGACUGGUUCCCUCCUUCUCUGGAGUGGACCGAGAGGUUCUGAUGACCCGAGCACCUUACUUUCCAGGUAUCGCUCCGAGGUUGGAGUUCUCCACCAAAACCACCAUCAUUGAAUGCUCAGCUGAUGCAGAGAUUAACAUUUACCCCAACGUACCCAUGAGGCCGGUGGUAAAGAGGAAUACAAAGCGCUCCAGCAGACCCAGGACCUCCUCUCCUCAGAGGAAACAACCUCAAACCCCUGUAAGGAGACGAGGCGGCAGGAUGGCCAAAGGAAGACACAGCGCCUCCAGGUCGCUGUCACACAUUCCCAGAUCCCAGUCCCUGUCCCCGCUAAGAGCUGGAAACACCCAGCGUCUGGCCCGGCUCAGCCUGGACUCUGCAGCUCCUUUCUCGGCCAACAUGGACACAGCCAGCACCUCCCAGCCUAUGCUGGCCUCAUGGCCCGGAGCCAGUCGAUCUGACUCACCCCACAGGUCUGCGGUGUUUACCAACUCCUCCUCACCUUUGAUCAGGUCUUCAUCCACAGUGAGAUUCUCUCCAACUGGCAGAAGAAAAUCUUUAUCCAAUGGUGUGGUUGGAGGGAUAUCUGAGGACGACUCCAGCUCUUCAGAAACACACGACCCUUCUGACUACCGUCAUGGUCCUGACCCCUCAGCACUAUGGAGGUCUUACAGAGAACAAGCCAGACACAGCAGUUCUCACAGAGAAUGGGAAGAAGUCCAUGAGCGUGUGCGAGGACUCCUUACAACGCCAAAAGCUGUACGCCGACUUCUACACGGGGCCACAGUCUCUGAGGUAGAAAGGGUUUUGGCCAGACGGUCCAUCUCCCCAGGUCCGCCGUGAUGACCUGGCCAGGCUCUGUAAAGGGAAAGGGACCACCACCUCGCCAAUGGAGUCUUCAGAUGUCAUGACUCUCCUGUUGUGCAUGUGUGUGUGCAAAACAGAGGUGUGUUUAAGUGCAGUGGUUUGAUAAAUGUCCACAUACUUUGUUAUGAUGGCAAAAUAAUGUGUUUCCCGUUUAAAUAAACCUCAGUGAAAUUAAA